AUGGAGGAGGACCUCGUCUUGUUUAAGGAGAAGGUGUCUUUCCUGGCACAAAACGGGGCGGACUUCCGUAGAGCAUAUAGAUCUGCAGAUUGGAGGGAGGUGGAGGUCAAGACGGCGAUGGAACGGCUCGAUUAUAAACUUCGAGACGAUGAGCAGACAAAAGACUUACAGAUCUCCACCACGCUUGCUGCCAUUGAAUACCUUCGGCUUUGGGAGGUUAUUGUGAGAGAACAGGAACAAACAUCUAGUAGAGCAGGAGGACCCUCGGGCUCUGGCCCGGAAGCGAUAGAGUCUGUAUGUACAAAUUAUGUUGACUACGCUCCCGGUUCUAAAAUCGAGGCGAGGGCUGGCGUUUACAAGGGCGUUCACGACUUUCUGAGUCAAGAGAAGACCGUGACGCCCUUGUUUCCGAAGGUCAGCACCGGGGUUCCCAUACUACAGUCCAGUAGGACCAUGGCCGAGGACUUUCGAGUCUCGCAAAGAAACUAG